AUGGGUAUUCGCACGAUGCCUUGGAGCGAAUGGAUUGAACUAGACUCGACCUACCCGCACUGGCAGCGUGUGCGCAAGUCCCGCGUUCGCACGCGCGGGCAUGAUGCCGUGCGCGUUCUUCCCGCCCGAGAAGAUGAAUCUGUCAAGGUCCAAGGGGGCGCAUGGGCAGCAAAGGAGCUCGUGUAUGAAUUGGCAGAGUACCUUCCGCGGCGAUACCCAUCGAGUUUUCGAGUAACGCGAUUUCCGGACGGUGUACCAGCACCGUCCAUUGGUGGUGUAUCGCUCGCUUGGGGACAGCAACAGCCCGUGCAAACCAUCGAAGCGGUUGAGACAGGAGAUAAAUUUGAUUUGGGGGUGCUGGAGGGUCUGGACGGCGUUGAAAUGGGCGAAGAGGCCAUGAGGAUCACUGCAGGGCUUAUACAAGAAGACGUGGCACUCAUGAUCGAGGGCACCGAUGGCAAGUACUAUUUCCAGGCAGGAGCGAUCUGCAUUCCAGGAUUCUGGCGCAUGCGGGACAAGAUCGGAAUGGCCCUGGACGAUAUUCAUAUUUCAGGAACGUUCCACGAUCCUGUCCAUGACGGGUGCAAAGUCAAAGAAAAACUGCAGACUAGCAUGGAAAAGUUUUUCAAACGGAUGCCGGUGGACAAGCCGGUGAUUCGAAAUAAUUAUUUUAUGCAAAUUUGCAAGUCGUCGACGCACGUGGCAGAUGCCGACGUUGAGGAAGAAGACAUCGAUCCAGAAGAAUUAGGUUGGUCAGAAUCGACAAACGGACCAGAGGAUACAUUUUUGCAUGGACACGGGCAUGCUGCACAACCUGCAUCAUACCUCGCACCGUCGACACUACGACUCCGAACGGAGCGGCAAACGUUGCGUCGGCUUCCUCGGACAGGAGCGAUUGUUUUUGGGAUUCGCACAUACUUGUUCAAGAUUGAGGAACUGGCUCGGGAGCGAGGAGUAGCUGAUCGACUUGCAAGCGCGGUAAGAAGCUGGCCUAAUGAUGUUGGGGUAUACAAAGGGCGUAAGAUGUAUGGUGAUGUGCUACUGAAGUACUUGGAUGAAUGCGCAGCACGGGAUGAGGGACGAGGGUAG